AUGGUUCCCAAUUUUGCGUUCAAGCAGAAUCUCCAUGUCCAAGUAGACCUCAGGUACAAUUUGUGCAUUCAUGAUCUCCUGUCCAAUGUUCGUAUAAUUGCUGAUUUCCUUAACAAGCCUCUGCCAGAUGAUCUCACCAAUCUCAUUGCCGAGCAGUGCACUUUUAAAGGAAUGAUGAAGAAUGUUCAAAGUUACUUGUUACGUGGCAAGGAAGAUGGUCCAAAGCUUCUCCAGAAGGGUGUGGUUGGUAACUGGAAGGAACACUUCACCCCAGAGUUAAACGAGAGAUUUGAGAAGGAAGUAAUGGCAAAAUUGAAAGGAUCUGGACUUGAGUUGGACUUUGAACUGUGA